GACGUGUAUCGUUUGUUUCCAGUUACGCGAGAGAGAUAGAAGAUCCGGAAGCAUGGUCCAUGGUUAAGGCGCCGUCCUUUGGCGUCGAAUAUGGUGUUCCCUAUAGGCAGGAAGGUCGCCGGAUCGCUGAUAGGACUCACGUGAUCUUGAAAUUUCCUGUUUUCGAUCUUCGUCUCCUAGCCUCGUUUCCUGGUACGUGAGUCAGGAUCGCAGGAAUCGGCAACCUCCGCGAGGAUGAGCGCAAAAAUAUCGCUGGCCAGUCGUGCCGCGGCACAGUCGCCAGUCAACCACCGUGGCAAACCAUCCUCAGGGCUUUUGCUCGCCAGCAAGUCUAUCAAGAGGCCCUCGUCGAUGACCGUAGAGGUGACUGGCACCGAGGAAAGAACCGUCAAACGAGCCGCUGUCCCAGAAGUGGAAGCAUCGCCGAGUUCAUCUCGUCCUGACACUUCGUUAGACAGAGAGCAUACAACCAUGCCGGUCUUGUCGCGGGUUUAUACUACUGCCACGCUGCCCAGGAUCAAGAGGUUCAAAUUCGCUUCUAUCGCGAGUGGCUCACAUCUCGAAGUAACUACGAACGACAGCGUCCAGCAGCAACAACAACCGUCAACAGGAUCGUCAACAAUGUCGACGCUCGUGUGCUGCGAGCCAGUCACGGCCGGCCGUUCCCGGGACAAUCUCAAACUGGUGUUGAACCGCAGUUUGAGCGAGCCAGGGCCACCGAACGGUGCCUUCUUAUCGUCACCGACGUCGACGUCGGUAUCGCUGAGUUCGUCGACGAGCAGCGGCGUGGACAGCUGCAUCGCGAGCGACGGUACCGAGUGCAGCCUGAACGCCAGCGGUAGCAGCAUCAGCUCCAGCAGCGGGACCGACUGCGACCUCCCGUUGGCCGACGUCCACCGUCACUAUCUACAUCAUCACCACCAUUUCCAUCAGUUGUCCGCGUCGAAACGCUGCAAGCUGGAGACCGCAAGCCUCCCGACGAGCCCAUGCUCCGAGAACAACACCCUCCAAAAGCAGUUGGUGCUACAACGAACGAAAACCGUCACUCCCGACGAGCUGGCCGACCGUCUCCUAGGCCGCGACCCCGCCGUUGUGCUACUAGACUGUCGCCCCUUCAUCUUGUACAACGUGAACCACGUCAGGGGUUCGAUCAACGUCAACUGCUCGGAUCGGUUCAACCGGAGACGGUUGCAACUGGGAAAAGCAAGCCUGGCUGAUCUGGCGACUACUAGAGAAGGCAAGGAACUUUUGCGUAGAAGACACUACAGGGAAGUGGUCGUGUACGAUGACUGCACAGACGACGUGGACCGACUUCCGGUUCAGCAUCCCCUGUUUCUAGUGUUGGUCGCACUGCUGGAAGACAACAGGGAGCCCGCUCUUCUCCUGGGUGGACACAAAGAGUUCCACAGGCGGCAUAGGGACCUCUGCGAAGACACGCUUCUGCCAGCGGUGUCGUCUGGACCAUCGGCGGUUGGCAGUUGCUCCAGUCCGGGACCAGGAUGCCCAGUCUUAAGUUUGUCCGGUCCGCCAACUCCGCAGCCGGCUGACAUCGACAACCACCCUGCCUCAAGGGUCUUACCGUUCCUGUAUCUUGGAAACGGGAGGGACGCGGCCGAUCUGCAGCUUCUUCGAGCGUUGGGCGCGACCAGAGUUCUGAACGUCACCUCACAGUUACCCGGUUAUCACGAGGAGAGGGGAAUCACGUACAGACAGAUACCAGCCUCGGAUUCCGGACAUCAAAACCUCAAACAGUACUUCGAAGAGGCGUUCGAUUUCAUCGAGGAAGCCCGAAAAGCCGGUAGCAGCGUGUUAGUGCAUUGUCAGGCAGGAGUAUCGCGCAGUGCGACGAUCGCAAUUGCGUACAUAAUGCGGCACAAGGGUUUGUCCAUGGUGGAAGCUUACAAACUGGUGAAAAACGUGCGACCGAUCAUCAGUCCGAAUUUGAACUUCAUGGGUCAAUUACUGGAGCUCGAACAGGGCUUGAGGGCGUCCGGUGGCGUGGCCCCGGCCCCCGAGGAACCGAAGAGUUGCCAUCAGUGUCGCUGGUCCCACCAGCAAAACAGCGAAGAAGUCACUUCCGGAUGCAGCGUCUGAGCCGACUCCAACCGGCGGGAUCACCAGUUCCUCGUUUCGAGACACUGGGUUCCACAGCGAAAAGCCAGAGUUAAAGAAAAUAGAGAGGAGAGAGAGAGGAGGAGAGAGCAAUUCGUCUCGACGAAUCGCGUGAGAUGCUGUCGACACAGUCAAAAUCACGCGCUCUUGCAAACAUAUCCUACGAGUGAUAAUAAGAGAACAAGUUCUUCCUGUUUCACGCGCGGCGCGAAGAACUCGGAUUUCUACCCCCUUCAAAGCUACCACGUGCCUUGGCGUUCGGCCGUAGAAACGGGAAAGGCUGACUUACAAAAAAGUAUACAUGCAUUCAUACGCAAAAGUAAAAAGAGGAAGCUCUUCGCGGGAGUCGCGAAGAACAGAUGAUGGUGUACUUACGCGACAGUGUUCCGUAGUUGAAUCGGUAAACGUGUAAACGACACUUGGUAAGACGCGCGUUCGUCCACUGCUUCCUCUUGAUUUUGCGGCGACAAGCUACGUGUACUCACAGUGUUCCGUUUUCCUUCAAACGAUCUAAAUGAGUCUUCAUUCUUCUUUCUCGUUUUUAUGACGCUUUCGUUCGUUGCACGAAAUUGAUUUUUGAGAGCUACGAGAACGUGGUCAGUUCAGACUGUUGAAAUUCUGAUCUACACAACUAGUUUUACUCAAUACUUUCUCGAUUACGUUCAGUGCAGUUAGAAAAUCAGUAUGUAAAUAAUAACACUGUUAGAGAAUCAUUUUUAUUUAUUUGAGAACGCUGUUUUCGGUAACGCGCACCAAGGAAUUGUAGCCGGGAUCGUUUAUUCGCGGAAAUUCGUUUCGCCAGCGGAGUACGCACGCGCAGCAAAUGGGACAAGUGACUAAAAAGAAAACUAUGGAUGAAUGAGUGUAUGUCAAUUGAGAUCAAUAUUUACUAUGUUUGCGUUUUUGCCUAUUUGUAUCUCUGUAUUCGUAAUAAUAUUACAUUACCCGAUAGCAAAGUGGUUUAUAUUUGAUAAAGAAAAACAACAUAAUGAUAAUAUAUCGUUGAAUAAUCGACCGAUGAAUUAAUUAGCUUAACCACGAGCUCCGUAGCAUUUAAGGAUCUGGUUGAGGUCCAACCAUCGUGAUCUAGUCGUUUCUUGGGAUGUAAUUAAUUAAUCGACGAUACAUACAUAUACAAGUUGUGAAAGAGAGAGCGAGAAUGAGGGAGAGAAUUUAAAAAGAAAAAAAACACGUCCCCGCCAACUAAUUAGAUGUAAUAAUGUGAGUCGUCAAACUCGAGGGACGUUGAUUUCGAAAAUCGUAGACAUAAUUCUCCAAUUUAAAUUCAAACUACUCUUGUUUUUUGCUGACUGACACAGGAUUUAUUUUUUUAUGUAAACCACUAAAUUCUGUUUUCGAUCUAUGAAUAAAUAUAUGAAUAUUCUCAGCAGUAAUUUAGAUCAGACGUUGAGUUUAAAUAAAGAAUUGGCUUCAUUAUCGGAUUUGACUGCGCAAUCUUUAUCUCAGGUUAUUAUUUUGCAACGUUUCGCUGAUAAUCCGACUCGAUGACGAAAGUCGAACGAAAAUUGUUCGAAAUGAACGCGCGCUUAGAAAUGUGCGCUGCGUCGAGGGUGAGAGUCUAAUCUGUGUCAACGGCGGGGAAGUAUUAUAAAACGGGAAAGCGUAGUCCGUUUCCUCGCUUCAAUUCGCUCGAAAUCGCAUGUACCUCGAGAAACUUGCAAAAUCGACUUCUGUCUUUUUGGACCGUGACCAUCGCUGCGAAAUACCUCGAGCAAAAUGGCCUAAAAGAACGAACGUUGAUUGAUUAAACUUAAAGAAAAAAAGAAAGAAGAAAUCGACAAUCGUCGCUGUCGAAUCAAAUCGAGCAGCUGUUCAAAAAAAAAACCCAAGGAAAAUUCCUUACACCGAUAUAUGCCUUUCUACUUUAGAGAGAGAGACUCAUUACUGUUGACAAUAAAGAAUUGAAAAGCUCGACGUGAGGAGAAGUUGUCUUUGCGUGGGCGUAGGAGGAGGGAAUAAGUUCACGACGUAUAUAGCGUAACGUGUACAGAAUUAUCGUGUAUAGGAUUAAACGAGGCAAGUUCCUUCUUCAGAUUCUGUUUAAUUCUCUCGAAUGGAAACGGUACAUAUCAAACAGACGUCGCCUUCUUUUAUUUCCUUUCUUUCUUUCUUUCUUUUUUUUUCUGUUCUCCGUAGAUUUGCGAAGAAUGUCACGUUCGAAUGGGAACAAAUCUCCUGUCGUUCGCGUCUCCUAUAAAUAUAAGUCGGGCAUCGUGACGCUUCGCAUAGACAUUGUAAAAAGUGUUUCUUAGCGAAUAGUGUUGUAAAUAAAUAUCGCAGAGCGUAGACGGUGUGGUCGAAGAGAGGGGAGAGACCGAUGAUAUCUAAUUUUAGAGAGUACUAAUGAGCGAGGAGGGCUCUAUUUCCUUUAGGGUUUAGAGAAAAGCUGGAAACCACGAGCGUAGUAAGUACCUGUUGCGGGAUGUACGAUGUACGAUGAUACAUGUGUUGUAAUGCGGUGUUUAAACUAAAUUUUGUGGAACAAUUCUUGUAACAAUACAAAUUGUACGUCGACCUGCGAUAAAUGGUACUACAUGCAGCGAUCAAACACACACACGGGGCGUUUAAUAUGCAACGAUUUCAAUAACUGUAUAGCUAACGGUUCAACAAGUUCCUAAGGAUGCUGCUCCUAUUUAGAACACUCUUCAUUGCGAUUAGUCUGCGGACUUUUUAUGCGAGACCCGAAUUCUUUACUUUAUUUAUGAUCAUGACCCAGCAGAGGAAUAGCAAUGGAAUAUAUGAACAUUUUGUUGUAAAAAUCUGCAGUCUAAUCGUGAUUUAUCGCGGAUCGAUGUACUUGAUUGCUGACCCUCCGCAUCGGCGUGCACAUGAUAAGGUUUGCGUACGUACACAUACACACACACACCUUGGAUGGCUAAAUAGAUGCACCGAGCUGAUUGACAAUUAUUUUUUUUUUUUGCGGAAUCGUUGCCGUACAUAGGUCGGACAUUAGUUUUUCGUCUCUUCGAUGUACAGUUAAAUGUAAAUGCAACUCGCAUAUACCGAGGACAAUUAUAUUGUGUCAUAUCAAAAUUGAAUUAUUUUAUGAAUAAAAGUAUAAACCGCA